AUGUAUCUAGAUAUAAGUUACUUGAAACCCAAGAGUAAGAAUUUCCUAAAUAAACACUCAAGUAAUGUAAUAAAACUUAAAAAUCUAGAAUUUUAUAUAAAAUCUGGAACAGAAGGAAUGAUAGUGAGAAACAUUUAUGAAAAAGUUGAUUAUGAAGAGUAUGAAAUGAAAUCUAUUGAUAAUUUCAAAUAAAUCAUAUAAGUCCCAUUACCUAUUUAAUGGAAAACAAGUGAUUAUUUAAAAAUGCUAAUUUCAGCAGAUUUUUAUAUUUAAGGGGCGUUAUAAGUACCUCAAAAAAAUAUUUAAAGAAUUUAUAGGUUCAUUUAAGUUGGCUUAACUUAUACAAAAACAUGGAACUAAAUAUUGCCUAAUUAGAAUGUGGGGAUUUUUAUAUAUUUGGAAUGGAUAAAUAAUUAAGGCCAGUGAUAAUAAUAAAACAUCUUGAAAACAAGAAUUUUUUAACUUUCCAAUAUCUAUUGGAAACAGUGAAGCGAUAAGUGUUGAUUCCUUAUUUUAUUGAAAAUUGGACAAUUAUUUAUGAUUGCUAAAAUCAAGAAUAAAAUUUUUAUGAAAUUGAUGUAAGAUAUAUAAAUUAUAAAGUUCGAUUUUCAAUAUAUAAAAGAAUUAAUGAUUAACUUUUGUGGAAAUUUAAAUAAUCUUCUCAUAGUAAAUUCUAAAUUAAAUUUUUAAUAAAUUCUUAAUUUUAUACCUAAUAAAAAUCAAGUACAUUCUAAAAUAAAACUGAUUAAUAAUCUUGAUGAUUUAUAAUAAUAUAUUUUAAAAGAAUAAUUAGAAGAAAAAUAUCAUGGUGAAUGUUAAAAUGUAACUAAAUUUUGGUACAAUAAUUAUAAAUAAUUAUAGGCCCCCUUAAGUUCCAUAAGUUUCUGAGUUGUUAAAACAAAUUACAUAUGACUGUUAAGAAGAUUGCUAAAAUGAUCUAAGAAAACUUUAAGAUUUUAAAGAGAGAAAUUUAAGAAAGUUUUCAUCCUUAGGAAGAUUAUCUCAUUAACAUUCAAAUACAACAACCAUGAAAAAAUCAACAGAUUCUGCAACUUCCAGUAGUCAUUUUAAAAUUUUAGUUCAUGAAGAAAAUGGAAAUUAGCUUAUAGAAGAAGAAAUUGAAAUUAUCAAUAAUUAAGGUGAAUCCGAGUUUGAUAAUUUAAAAAAAAAUGAUAUAAAUUUCUAUAAAAUUGAAUCUGCUGGAACUUCAUAAAUAGAAGCUAAUAAUUAAAGUUAAUUCUAAACAAUACUUGAAAAUGAGCAUUUGAUUGAAAAUAAAUGUUGCUCAGCAAAAUUUACUUGUGUGAUUUUUUGA